UAUCCCCAACAAAAUCGAGCUUCAAGAGGGCCAUAAGAAAUACACUUCUAUGUACGUCUGAAUUCGUUGUCACAGGGUAUAUCGGAACACGCCGGUAGUAAAUUAAAGUAGAUUAAAAAAUGGGAUUUCUUGCUUGACAGUUGUUUGAAUGUGGGGAAAAAUAAUCGCAGGCGUAAUAAGAUUAGUGAUGUCCUUUCCGAGAGAUGAAAAUUCUCAAACAAUUGAGAGAAAAUGCAUUGAAUUUGAGGAUUUCUUUAGAUUUACUCUUACUUUGAGAUCUUUCGAUAAACAAUACUCUUGUAUAUACUUGGCUAGAUUAGCAGCUUUAAAGGAAAUUGUUAUAGAGAGAGCAAACUCGAAAUGGGGGCAAGUCCAUGUGUUACAACUUACUCAACUUGCUACAGAAGAUAUGUUUGAUAAUCGUUGUAUUCUAAUUGGGACACUGUAUAAGCACCAAGAACUUAAACCAUCAAUUUUACGUGAACUUAGUGAAGAGCUUCAAAUUGCUGCUUCACCACCAAGUUCUUAUUAUUACUCUGACAAAGAUUAUGUAUAUUUGGAAGAUGAAAUGAUGCGAGUAAAGCUCACAGGAAAUUAUGUAAAUACAAAAGACUUGGUUACAGGAUUAGUUUGUGCUGUACUUGGUCAUGCAAUGCAAAAUGGGUCAUUUUGGGUAGAAGAUUAUUGUUUUCCAGGAUGCUGUCCAAAAGUAUCUACUUCGAAUUUGACAACAAAAAUAAAUGGAAAGUUAUUGCUAGUGUCAGGUUUGGAUUUUGUAAAUUAUGCACAGAGUAUGGCAUUCAAGCUACUAGUCGAAUAUAUGACCGGAACGGCUGGUAAUAGGGAAACGCAAGAAGAGGAAGCAUCUAUCGUGCGAGUGAUAAUUGCUGGAAACAGCAUUCGCAGCUCGGCUGAAAUCCAUAUGAGUAAAGGCCAUGCCAGAAAUAAAGCUCAAGACUUAAUGGUAGCCAAUGAGACCUCAAUUGCAGUAAACCGAUUUGAUUCCUUUCUUAAUCAAAUUGUACAAUGUUGUUGUGUAACAUUAAUGCCAGGACAAUAUGAUCCAACAUGUCAUAGUAUGCCUCAACAACCUAUACACCCAUGUAUGUUGCCUAAAUCUUCAAGAUAUAAAAGUUUACAUGGAGCCACAAAUCCUUGGAUUGGAAGAAUUGGUAACAGAAUUGUAUCUGGCUCCAGUGGACAACCUAUUGAAGAUAUAAUGAAAGUUGUUGGCAUAUCCAAAGUUUGUCCAUUAAUUUGGUUAGAAAGAACUUUAGAUUGGAGAAAUUAUGCACCUACUGCACCAGAUACUCUUCCAGCCUAUCCAUAUUUUGACAAAGAUCCGUUUGUCAUGCAAGAAUGCCCUGACAUAUAUUUUGUUAGCAACAUGGAAAAGUAUGAAAGUAAAUUGUACAAAGGACAAGAGGGACAGACGGUACGUUUAAUCUGUGUCCCAGAAUUUUCGAAAACUCACACGGCCAUUCUAGUUGAUUUACAGUCCUUGGAUACAAGGCCCAUCUCAUUCGGCGGAAUAAGUUAAUCAAUAUCAAUAAUACCUAUUUCAUUAAAAUUUUAUCUGCUGGCAACUUUAUAGCCUUAACAAGGAAUUCAUUAUGAUUUAUGAUUAGAUUAGCUAUUGCUGUAUAUAGUUAAUUUUUAAAUUUGCGGUCCUGAAGCAUUUUUGCAGGCUAGUAUUU